AUGUCAACGAUAAAACAGGCAGUCAGAAAAUAUGCUUCCUUUAUAGGACCGGGUGUCAUGGUGUCUGUGGCAUACAUGGACCCUGGAAACUAUUCCACUGCGGUCUCGUCUGGAGCAACGUACGAAUAUAAGCUUUUGUUUAUAGUGUUUAUGUCUAACUUAUUUGCAGUAAUUCUCCAAUGUCUAUGUGUUAAGCUUGGAACUGUGACAGGUCUUGACUUAGCAGAAAUGUGCAGGCUCCACUUACCUCCUUGGUUAAAUUUAAUUCUUUACUUGGGCUCCGAGUUGGCGAUAGUCGCUACUGAUUUAGCAGAAGUGGUUGGAACAGCAAUAUCGCUAGAGAUCUUAUUUGGUAUUCCAAUGUUCUAUGGUGUGUUAUUGACAGUUUUAGAUGUGUUGGUUGUACUAGUUGCGUACAAUAGAGACGGUAGCAUGAAGCAGACGAGAAUCUUUGAAAUCUUGGUGUCCGUAUUGGUUGCAUCCACAUGCAUUUGCUUUAUUGUAGAGUUAUUCAAGUGCGAUUUUGCACCAGGAUCCAUGAAGGCUAUCGUGAAAGGGUUCCUUCCGUUGGACGCUAAAAUAUUUAAAGAGGCCAAUGCAUUGUUUUUGAGUUGUGGUAUUGUUGGUAGCACUGUGAUGCCACAUUCUUUAUUCUUAGGCUCUGCAUUGGUACAACCAAGGCUAAAGGAUUACGACGAAAAACAUGGGCUCUACCUCGAAGAAGAGGUAGACGAAGUCGAGAAUGUAUCAAACGGAGCAGCUAGUGGUGAAACCGCCCCAGUUUCAACUGAGGGGUCAAAACUGUACACUUUUGGAGAUUCAUCCGAGUUGACAAAGAAAUACAAGCCUUCGUACCAAGCAAUUCAGUAUUGCUUGAAUUACUCAUAUGCUGAGUUGGUUCUUUCACUCUUUAUAAUUGCUGUAUUUGUAAAUGCUGCAAUCUUAAUAGUUGCUGGUUCUACAUUGUUUGGUAAACCGGACGCUGAGGAUGCUGACUUAUUGUCUAUUUACGAGAUGUUAUCAAUAUAUAUCUCCCCGGCUGCCGGUAUUAUAUUUGCCCUUUCUAUGCUCUUCUCGGGCCAAAGUGCAGGUAUUGUAUGUACCAUGGCUGGACAAAUUGUAUCUGAGGGAUUUAUCAACUGGUCUCUUGAACCAUGGAUUAGAAGACUAUUCACCAGGGCAAUUGCCGUAGUUCCUGUUUUGAUUGUCAUUAGCAUUUUAGGAAGAGAGGGUGUAUCAAAAAUUAUGAACUCGUCUCAAGUUGUGUUGAGUUUCAUCUUACCGUUAGUCACAGCUCCGCUAAUUUGGUUCACAACAAAUAAAAAAUAUAUGGUGGUUCAUACUAGCACCCAAAAUCCUGCUUCGACAAGCUCAGAGACGACAACCUUAUUACAUAACUCGCCAGUGGAAACUUUUGAGAACGGCCCCUUCUUCACCAUCUCAGCAAUUUUGACAUGGGUUAUAAUUUCAUUUUUAAAUCUUUAUUUGAUUUAUGCAUUUGCCAACGGUGCCGACAUAUAG